CUAAACCUGCAGCCUGAAAUUCACAUCCGUUAACCAAAAAACAAGAUAUUUUUCAACCUGAAAAAUGUUCAUCUUCAUCAAACCGUUGUUGCUUCUACUUUCUCUUGUUACUUUCUCUUUCAUUCUGCCUGAAACAACAUAUGCUCAGCUUCCAUUGCAUCCCGGAGAAGCUGCUGUACUUCGAGUGAUAGCUAAGAAAUUGGGCGCCCAACUCCUGAAUUCUACAGAUCCUUGCCAAUUAGGGAUGCUCCCGUUAGCCAUUCAACACUCGGGAGAUGGCCAGACUAACACCAUCUUUUGUAACCGCACAAUUGGCUCCUUCUCUCACAUUACAAACAUCAAGCUCAAAGUUUUGAGUCUUCAGGGCUCGCUUCCACGGGAAUUGGUGAGCCUUAUGUAUCUCCAAGAAAUUGACCUAGCCCGCAACUACCUAAGUGGUACACUUCCAAAAGAAUGGGCUUCAAUGCAGCAUUUGACUAAUAUCUCCCUUACCGCCAAAAACUUAUCAGGGGAAAUUCCCACCGACUGGGGAUACUUUACCAAUCUCACUUUCUUGAACAUUGAAGCAAACCAGUUAUCUGGUCCUGUCCCUGAGGAGUUUGGAAAUUUGGUCAACUUAACUAACCUGGAACUUUCCUCCAAUUAUUUUUCUGGAAGGUUGCCUAUAAAACUAGCAAAACUGAAGAACAUGAAGAAGUUUAGAAUAAGUGAUAAUAGUUUUACUGGCACCGUACCAGAAUUUAUUGGGGGAUGGACUAAUCUUGAAAUGCUGGAAAUGUAUUCAAGUGGACUAGAAGGACCUAUCCCUGCUACAAUUUUCAGCCUGGGAAGUUUGGAUGACCUGAGGAUUACUGAUAUGAAUGGACCAAAGUUUCCUUUUCCAAAUCUGACCAGCAACCUGUUCAAAAAAUUGAUUUUGAGAAACUUGAAUAUGUCAGGAUCUGUCCACACCAAUAAUUUCGAAGUAACCACCACACUCGAUCUGACCUUUAACAAGCUGGAAGGAGAAAUUAAUGGCAUUAGAACGACUCCAAACUUUAUGUUCUUGAGUGGCAACAUGCUCAGUGGAAGCAUAUCAGAAACAUUCCUUGACACAUCAAAGUAUCUUGAUCUUUCCUUUAAUAAAUUUACACCACUAAGUAGUUGUCCAGAGAACAGUAAUCUAAACAUGUUCCGAAGCUUCUAUUCAAAGAACAACAUAAGUGGAAAUCUUUCAUGCCCCAGAAUAUCCCGCUGUCAAAAAUAUUAUCGGUCACUCCAUAUAAAUUGUGGAGGCUCAAAUGUAAUUAUAAACAAUACCAUGUAUGAAGGUGAUGGUGCUGAAUAUGGAGCCACAUUGAAUUUCGAUCAUGGAGGCUCAAAUAACUUGCUUACACAUGAAGGUAACUGAAAAAUGUGAUGUAUAUAGUUUUGGAGUGUUAGCAUUGGAAGUGAU